AUGUUUCGUUUUGUAUUUACUUAUUAUAUCUUAUUGUUAACAUUAAUAGCCAUUAUUUUUUGUGAUGAACCAUGUCCAACACUUGAUGAUUUCCUAAUUCGUUCACCUUAUCUUGCACAGUUUAAUGCUCAUCUAUAUGAAGGUAUUUGGUAUGAAUUAGCUUUUUAUGAUUAUACACAAUUUUCUAAAGCCUGCGGAUGUACUCAUUUAAAUUGGACACUCAUGACAACAAAUACAAGUAUCUAUUCAGAUGAUUUCAUAACUAUUUGUCCAUAUGAACCUAUUUGGCUUCGAAAAAAUUAUACAGUACAUAUGAAUGGAACUGCUAAUAAUAAACAAUAUCCUUUUUUUAUACCUGAAACAGGUUUUCAUAUGCAAUUUAAUAAUACUGUAGUUUACUAUAGAAAAAAUGAACUUAAUAAUGAUUCAUAUGAUCGAGCUAUUCAAUAUCAAUGUAAAGUUAAUCAAUUAGGUAAAAGAAUAUUUACAGGUAUUAAUUUUCUUUCGCGAACUUACUUUAAUUCUGAUAUUGAACGUAAACAAGUCAUUAAUGAAAUGAUUAUUGCAGCUAUAAAUGCUGGUGUUGAACAGAAAUAUUUGCAAGAAUUAAAAAUUGUUCAAUGGAAAAAUUGUUAA